AUGGAUUACUUCCACUGUGAACUAGGCAAGGAUGAUUAUAGAAAAUUGAUGAUUGUAGAAAAAGGACUUUUACCGCUCCGAAAGCUCGCUUCAGACAAGGGAUCAGAGAAUCGUGAGAAUGAUUUGGCGGAGACAGGAAAAGAGACGGUGGGAAGUCCUCAACUCUCAGCAAACAUCAUGCCAGAUUCCCAACGUCCGAACUUGCGAACCCGUGAUUCACGUUCGGCCUCACCACCUUUAAGGGCCGAAGCUCUUCCAGCGUCUUUGAGAUUUGUUGGGUCCAACACUUCUCAAAGCAACACCAAUAACAAUGGUGGUAGGAAGGACGAAGAGGACGAUAGUGAUGAAGAAAUGGAACCCGGACCCCAACAAACCGCCCAUUCUCCUACACCUACACCGUCUCCACCUCAUCAAUCACCACCUUUGGAUCCCACCAAUCGAGAUCCUUUUCGGUCUGCCCAGGCCGGAAUUCCUUCAACUAAUCUGCCUAUGGCCCGAGCAGAUCGAGCUCAAUGGAAUCAGAUUGCUGACAUUUUUGAACUUGAUUCAAAACAUCGAGCAGAAGCACUCAGAAUCAGCUCAAUCACAGGUUCUGAAAACCAAUAUCAUGCAUCAGUCUGCCUCUUGCAGAAAACACGUCAAGAUAUGGACAACGUGGUGGCCCAACUCCGUUCGACUGCCAGCUGGAAGCCUGCCGCUGAUUUGGGGCUUUAUUCCCAGACUCGACUCACUAAGAUCAUACGUGAAACAUUGCAAGACCAUACAAUGGAAUCGUACACAUACAAAGUCGACCCAAACAAAAAGAUGAUACAAAGAUCCUUUGAAAAGAUAGCUAUGAACGCUAUAAUCAACCAAUCGAACUCAUGGAAAUCCGAAAACUUACCUCAAGACUUUGGUACUACGUUGACCGAUCUGAAGAGACAUGAAGCAUUCAUGAAGUUUUUUGGAGCCAAAGUUAGGCAUGUCCGGGACGACUUUAGGAUUGCUCUCUUGAACAACAUGAUUGUAACUCACUCCAACAUAGAUGAACCCGCGCAGCCAGUGCCAAAGCUCUCUGAAUUGCUUUUAUUAUUGACUCGAUUCUUUAAUCCACAAGAUCCUCGCACUGCGAAAGAGGUAGACGCUGAUAUGGACCCAAAGGCCAAAGCUCGAUAUGCUUAUCUGGUUAGCAUAUUUGGAACUCAUACAGUAAGAUUCAUUGCAUGA